AAUGGUCAUGCAAAAGACUUUAAUUCAGCAACAAAAGAGAGUUUGGUGCCAUGUCUCACACCAUUUUGUUGGUACAGCCUACCAAGAGGCCAGAAGGCAGAACUUAUACAGACUAUGAAUCUGUGAAUGGAUGCAUGGAAGGUGUUUGUAAAUUAUAUGAAGAGCAUUGGAAAAGGAUGAAUCCCAACAGUCCCUCUAUCACAUACAACAUCAGUCAGUUGUGUGAUUUUAUUGAUGAUGUGGCAGACCUUAGCUGUUUUGUUUACCAAGCUGAUACCCAGACAUACCAACCUUAUAACAAAGACUGGAUUAAAGAGAAGAUUGACAUGCUUCUUUGUUGA